GAUGUCCUGUGGAGCCCGGAAGCGACUUUCCCGUGUUGCCUUUCGUAAAUCGGAAGCGUAUAGACAGGGCUCUCCUUGUGAUGUUUUCGGGGCGUUAGAAGAGAGACAAUUAUGAGGAUGAGCUAUACCAGGAUGAGACGGACAUGGGUUUGUCCGAUGCUGACAGCGAGCUGGAGUUUCCACUUUAUUCACAGCUGCACUACAGUGCUGAGAACCAUGAGGACUUGAGAGAGAUCCAGCCAGCAAGACCACGGAAUCAACCUCAGAAGAAUUCCUUGCCUCCUUGUCCUGCGCCACCUAAUGUCAUUGUGAUUGACUCUGGCUCAGAUGCUAUCACAGUGUCAGACAACACAGAGGAAGAUGACAGUGUGAGUGCUAUGAAAGGUCGAACAUCAAAGCACUGUAGCCUGGCACACAGCAAGUGGCAGCCCUAUAGCGUCCAUUCGCCCGGUCCACCACAGGCUCGAAAAGGAAGGAGUUCCCCAGACGAUGUUGUGGUGUUGGAUUCUGAGUCAGAUGAGAGCUCAGAAUCUAACUCUAUACCUCCUUUUGUGGAGGGUCUGGAUUUGGAUUCGAGAACUGGAUGAUUCUGGGCCGGGACAAACAUGAUAGAGAUCAGAGCAUCCGACUGAACCUGUCCUUACCGGAUAACUGUGAGAGACAGGAAUAUGUACCAGUUCAAGGGAAGGAACAGAAUUGGUCUUUUUCAGAAAAAGAUAAACAGGCUCAGAUCUAUAAUAAAGGGGUUGGCCCAAGGCAUCUUUCAAACCGUUACUACACUGAAAAAUUAAUCACGUGUCACAACUGCAACAAGAUGGGCCACCUCUCCAAAAACUGCCCCACACCAUAGAAGGUGCCAUGCUGCUCAUUAUGUGGGCUUCAGGGACACUUGGCGAGGACCUGUCCGAACCGUCACUGUUCAAACUGCUCGCUGCCAGGCCACACCUAUGAUGACUGCCUGGAGAGAGCUUACUGGCACAAAUGCUGCCACCGCUGUGGCAUGAAGCACUUCAUCGACGAGUGCCCAGAAAUCUGGAGACAGUACCACCUCAUGAUCAUGCUGGGACCCAUCUGUGAAGCCAGUGAUCCAGAGUCCUGCAAGACCCUGGCCUACUGUUAUAACUGCUGUAAGAAAGGACACUUCGGUUAUGAAUGCUCUGAGAGGAGAAUGUAUAAUGGAAUGUAUCCCACCCUGCCCUUUGUUUACUGUUAUGACAAGACACGUGACAUUAAGUGCCAGAACCAUCGGCUUGAAAAGAAGGCCAGAGAUUUGUUAAGUUGUUUUUUGUAAGUCAUUGAUUGAGGCUAAUCAUGGAACAGAGCUAUGACAACAUUAGUGCAAUGAUAAAGGAGUCAUGACAUGAGGAAUACAUUUUUUCUUGAUCUUUUGACUAGGGAUGUGCACGAGUAAUCAUUCUGCACCAGCUAGUCAACUAUUAAAACACAACUCGAAUAUCGCAAAUUAAUGUUCCUUUGCGCAUUAGCCUGCCAUGGGCAGUGCUGAAUUAUUCUUUACUUUCCCUCUGGAUCUCACACCAAACUUCGCAGUUAAAAUUCAGUCCACUGGGGGGCACUCUGGAUGUGUGUGGUCGAGGUGUUGGAUGAGAGAAGGAGACUUGAUAGCGUUUUUGUGUGCUUUCAAGCAAAGCCAAGUGUGACAAUACUUGGAACAUUUUGAUUCUUGUUGAAUUCUACUCUCUUGUUGGAGUCUGCAUACCAACGGACAAUCUGUUUUUAUGGUGGAAAGGAAAUGUGAAGCGGAACGAGAAACUCAGAAGCUUACCAAACCGGUAUGUGCGUUAAAUAUUUUAACACGGGCAGAGCGCAUUUUAUAAAAACGCCACAUGUUUUUCUGAAUAAUAUGUGAAAUGAUAAUAAUGUGAUAGCCUUUUUAUGUAGACUCAGAGUUUAUAUAUGUGCAUCACCCUAAUGCCAUCAGUAUUGUUUUUUAUGUAAGCUCCGGGUGAAUGCAAAUGUUUAUUACUGUAAUUUUUCAAUCUUUUUCUUUUUCAUUAAUUUUUGUAUGUAUACAGUUCAUUUCAUUUUUCCCCCCCAAAAGAAAAGCAUAGUUUGUUGAAUUUAGCUCAUUUUAAAACCGUUCUUGGUAACGUUUGUGAAUAAAACUAAAUAUGUCCUAAAUUUCACAUACUCCUUAGUACUUUUUUAGAAGCACCUGCACACCUACUUAUUCAUGUUAUUACCUAAUCAGCAAAUUGUGUGGCAGCAGUGCAAUGCAUAAAAUCAUUCAGAUAUGGGUCAGGGGCUUCAGUUAAUGUUCACAUCAACCAUCAGAAUGAUAAAAAAAAUGUGAUCUCAGUGAUUUCGAUUGUGGCAUGAUUGUUGGUGCCAGACUGGCUGGUUUGAGUAUUUCUGUCUCCUGGGAUUUUCACGCAGAACGGUCUCUAGAGUUUACUCAGAAUGGUGCCAAAAACAAAAAACUUCCAGUGAGCAGCAGUUCUUCGGACGGAUAUGCCUUGUUGAUUAGAGAGGUUAAUGGAGAAUGCCCUGACUGGUUCGAGCAAUGGUAACUCAGAUAACCACUCUGUACAAUUGUAGUGAGCAAAAUAGCAUCUCAGAAUGCACAUCAUUUCAAACCUUGAGGCAGAUGGGCUACAAGAGCAAAAGACCACAUUGGGCACUUUAUUAGGACCAUAGUUUUACUAAUAAAAUGCUCAGUGAGUGUACUUGUCAUACUUGAUAUUUUUAACAGACAUUUUAAUUUACAAGUAAUUGAUUAUUCAUUUUUUAUGGGUUAAAAUUACUCAGAUUCCCAUCUCUUUAUUUGAUAUGUAAGAUUCCAUUUUACAAUAAAAACAUUCUGAAUGUUUCAGAACUUAAAACUUCCUUCAAUACCAAAAGAGCAUGUCACAAUCUGUCUCCAUUAUGUUUCCCAAAGACUCUUAUUUUGAAGAAUUCACAGCCUUCAUCACUUCCAUCUGCUCCUCAUCAUCCUCACCUUUAUUCCAUUUCCUCAUUUAGCUCUUUGUGUAUAAAUACCCUCCAGUUUUGUUCAUUGAUUGUCAGUCCUUGAAGUGUUUCAUUGUGUAAUGUUAGCCUGUUUAGCUUUAUUGUUUGUUCCACUCCAGCGUAUGUUCCACUCCAGCAUUUGUUAUUAAAGGAUUUAAAGUAUUUACUCCUGCGUCUCCUCUCUUCCUCUUCCACUCAACGUACCCAACAUUCCCAACGUUACAGAAGGACUGACUGCAGGACAGGGAAUAGAUCCGGGGGCCUAGCCUCGACCGUCCCAGAGCCAGAGCCUGUAGCCUCGACCGUCCCAGAGCCAGUACCUGUAGCCCCAUCUGUCCCAGAGCCUGCUUUCACAGAGCUUAUUUUCCUAGAUUCCUUUCCCACCCGUAUGCCCACCCAGUGUACUCCUCCCCAGCUGGCUCUGCCCAACAUCAUGGGCACCCUAGUUCCGUCCAGUACCCUGGUCCUUCCUCCUCCGUUGGCUCCACUCAGGACACUUCCUCCUCCUCCUCCUGGUCAGCCGGCUCCUCCCACGUCACUGGCUCGACCUUCGCUCCCUGCGAAACCAUGGUUAAGGGGAACCUCAAACCCUCCGACUCCACCUAGACCCUCCGAGCCCUGGACUCCGCCUUGGCCCUUCAUUCCCUCUGUCCCACCUUGGCUCUAUGUCCAUUUGGCUCCACUGUGGUCCUUCAGCCAAUCGGCUUCUCCGGGGUCCCUCGUCCCUCCAACUCCGCCUUGGUCAGUCGGUCACCUGGCUCCACCUCGGCUCUCUGAUCCUCCAGCUACGCUUCGUCACUCUGAGCCUCCGGCUUCACCGGGGACCUCCUUCCCUAUGGCUUCACCUCAGUCCUCAGUCCCACCGGCUCUGCCUCUGUCCUCAGAUCCCCCAGCUCCGCCUCGGUCCUCUGAGCUUUCGGCGCUACCUCGGUCCACCUUUGGCUCCACCCUGGCCCUUCGAGCCUUCGGCUACUCUACGGGCACCAGGUUCCCUGGCUCCGUCCCACGAGCCUCUCACGGCUCCACCUUCCAUGGCUCCGCCCCUCGAGCCUCUCACGGUUCCACCUUCCAUGACUCCACCACCCUUGGAUCCGCCUUUCACGGCUUCGCCUUCCACGGCUCAGCCUGCCAGGCCUCCUGACCCUGUCCCUGCUCUGUGGCAGCCUCUCAGGCCUCCUGACCCUGUCCCUGCUCUGUGGCCGCCUCCCAGGCCUCCGGAUCCCAUCCCAGCCCUGAGGCCGCCCCCCCAGCCCUCCUGACUCUACCCCGGUCCUAUGGUCACCUGUUUCCUCUUGCCCUUGUCCAAAUUUAGGUGCCAGGAGUCGCCUUGUAAAAGGGGGGGGGGUAAUGUCACAGCCUGUCUCCCUCAGGUUUCCCAAAGUCUCUUGUUUUGAAGUUUUCCCCCAGACUACAUUUCCCAGAAUUCACUGCCCUCAUAACUUCCAUCUGCUCCUCAUAAUCCUCACAUGUAUUCCAUUUCCUCAUUUAGCUCUUUGUGUAUAAAUACCCUCCAGUUUUGUUCAUUGAUUGUCAGUCCUUGAAGUGUUUCGUUGUGUAAUGUUAGCCUGUUUAGCUUUAUUGUUUGUUCCACUCCAGCGUUUGUUCCACUCCAGUGUUUGUUAUUAAAGGAUUUAAAGUAUUUACUCCUGCUUCUCCUCUCUUCCUCUUCCACUCCACGUAUCAGAGCAUUUAUUUAAACUUUGUUUGCUUGUUUGGAUUUUCCCUACUUUGUGACGUCACAUGGAUGAAUACAUCAGCACAUGACUGCCUCUACACAAGACAUCAAUGCCUACUUUUACAUCAUUGCACCCUUGGCUCGCCCACUGGCGCUCAGUGAAAGGUGAAGAGGAGAGAACAAGACAUAUGGACCUAAUAUUCCUACACAACAAAGAGGACUUACACAGGACACCUUCUUGUGCCCUUUAGAACCAUUUUUAAAAGUUUUUCUACAUAAACAUGCACUUGAUAAACUGCUUUGACCAUUAUCAUGCAUCCCAUGCCGCUUCUAAAAUACGCAAUGUCAAGUUAUAACUCUUAAAAGGAGACCCACAUUUUGGGUAGUAACACAUCCUGGACGUGUUUUUUGCACCCAUCUGAACUAUUUUUAAUUGUUGGUCUAUGUAAACAUGCACUAGAUCGACGUCUUUGUCCAUUUUGAUGCAUUUCCGGCAAUGUGUGCCAUGUUGUACGAGCGGUACAAACUCAACUUUUAAAAACUUGCUGUUCUGCUCUAUUCCAUUGCUGUCAUUAGCUGGAAGAACUGCUUCUCAUCCAGAGUGAAUAGACGAUGGAAAAUGUGAGAUGUCACUCUGGUGAAGACCAGCGUCUCUGCUUUUGCCUGUUGAAGCUGGAUAAAGCGUACCAACAUCACUGUGGAUUGUAUUAAGUUUGCGUUUUCAAAAGAUUUCAGCCUGGAUUGUGUGUUUUUGGCUCAUGUCAGCGUGGAUUGCUUGUGAACCAGUCACAAUAUGAUUCAAGCAUUGCAAAGGAACUGUAAAUGAAAGAUCGGGCAGUUAAAAACACUAUUGGACCCAAACGCAAAACUGAAAGUAACCAGUUCCAUUCAUGAAUGUUUCAUAUGUCAUCACUGUUUGAUAUUUAUAGUUUAUGGUGCUGCUGUGCUUGAGUGAACAGUUUGAUACAUUCGGAUGAAAUGUGUUGGAUGUGUGUUAUGUAUAAACCCUGAAAUGUCAUUUUUUAUUGUUGUGGAGCUGGUUUAUUAUCUUCCAGUUGAGCUUCAAAUAUAAUAUACAGUGUAUGAUUGUAUUCGAGGGGCUGCAGGAUGUCAGCCAAUCAUAACAGUGGCCGUUUACAUGGAAGUUUAAAGGAAACACUGAGGCUAAAACUGUUUGUUUCAGACAGAGGACCAGAGACAGGAUGGAAAAUGAUCAUAUAUUACUAAGUUAUGACUGUUUUGGUGCAAAAAAAAAAAAAAAAAACCUUUGCUAACAUUACAAGUGGACCUCUGGGAAAAUAAUAAAAAUUAUAUAUAUAUAUAAAAAAAUAAAAAAAAAGAGUAUGUCGUGACCCCUCUAAAGGCAAUAAUAUCUCCUCACACAUUCAUAUUCCCAGCGCAUUCAUAUUCCCAGUCUCCUAAAGUACACAUAGUGGGUUUAUUCUGGAUUGUGGAUAUGUAGCACCUGGUAUUAAAAGGAUAGUUCAUCCAAAAAAACUAAUUCUUAUAAUUUACUCAACCUCAUGCCAUCCCAAACUCGUAUGACUUUCUUUCUUCUGCGGAACACAAAUGAAGAUAUUUAAAAGAACUGGUGCUUUUGCCCAUACAAUGUAAGUCUAUGGUGUCCAAAACUUUCAAGCACCAAAAAGGACAUAAAGGCAGCAUAAAAGUAAUCCAUGCGACUCGAUACGAUCACUUUAGAUGAGAAACAGACCAAAAUUUAAGUCCUUAUUUACUAUAAAUCUUGACUUGUCAUAGAAAAUGUAACGCUUGUGCUUAUAUUCAAAUACAAGUAUAAUUGUGGAAAAUGGUGCAACAAUUUUUCAAAGCUUGCAUUUUUUUUACUUUUAGCGCUUUUAUCAUGACGUUGUAAGUGAUGUAUGUACCCACAAAAUAAGAGACCCUCUCCUCGAAAUCCAGACACAAGUGAUCACAGAAGAUACAUAUUACAACCAGGUAUAGAUGGCGAUGCGCCUCGCCUAACCACUUGUGAUCACCUAAAACGCACCCCUAAUACCAGGUGUAAACAGGGCCUGAGUGAUCAGUACAGAAAAAUGUAAUCUUAUAUGUGUGUAUC